AUGGCAAAAGUUGAAAUAGUAUCAUCAAGCCUUGUCCCAAUGGCGUCCGUGGACGCAACUCCGAUGUCCCGUCUCGAUUUAACUCCAUGGGACUUGCAAAUGCUCUUACUCGAACCAACCCAAUAUGGGAUUCUAUUUCACAAACCCGCAUUCCCUAUCAAUUUCAUUAUCGAUUACCUCAAAGCCUCACUCUCCCGCGUGCUCGACUACUUCCCCCCACUCGCCGGCCGCCUCUCCACCGAAAAAACCAACAACGAAAAUACGGCCGUUUAUUUCGUCGACUGCAACAACAAAGGCGCCGGCUUCAUCCAUGCAGUCGCCACCGACGUGUCGGUGGCCCAUAUAUUGGAGGCCACGCACACGCCGGAAAUCGUUUUCUCCUUCUUCCCGUUAAACGGGACCCGCAACAUUCACGGGACCUCCGAGCCGCUAUUGGCCAUCCAGAUGACGGAGCUCGAGGACGGCCUCUUCAUGGGUUGCACAGCCAACCACGCCGUUGUCGAUGGCUCGUCCCUGUGGCAUCUGAUCCGCUCGUGGUCCGAGAUUGGCCGUGGCCGUGAGAAAAUAUCGGAAAUGCCCUCAUUCGCGCGCGAUUUCCUCGGAUGGGAAAACCGACCCAUACCCGUCCGUGUGCCCGAGUUCGAUGCGAAGAUCGUGCGGCCCCCGUUGGUCGAGAGGGUUUUCCACAUAAGCAAGGAGAGCGUGGCGAAGCUAAAGGCGAGGGAGAAUUCGGAAGGCCAAGAAUUUACGUCGGUCCAGGUGAUCGUGGCUCAUAUAUGGCGGUGCGUGGCGCGUAGCCGGGAAAAGACGGGCGGGAAGAGGGAGGAAGUUUUUGUAACGGCAGUCGGGGCUAGAGGAAAAAUCCGGGUGCCGGAAGGGUAUUUUGGGAACGCCAUCGAUGUUUCAAGGCUUUGCGUGAGUAGAGAAGAGGUGUUGGGGCGAGCUGCGCUGGGGCUCAAGGAGUUUUUUGGCGGGAAAGGGAAGGAGGAGGUUGUGUUGGGUUUUCUGGAGGAGUGGGUGAAGGAGCCUCGGUUGCACGUGCACGUCGAGGGGAGUUACACGCUGGAUGUGACGAGCUUUCCAAAGUUCGAUGCGUACGGCGGCAUGGGGAAUGUGGGGCUGGGGAAGCCGGUGGCUGUAAGGGGUGGAAAGGCCCAGAAAUGGGAUGGGAGAGUGACGGUUUUUACGGCGGCUGAAGGGGACGGGAUUGAUGUCGAGGUCUGCCUGGCGCCAGAGGUUAUGGCGGCGUUGGAGGAGGACGCUGAGUUCACGGAAGUCAUUUAA